AUGGCUUCAUUCGAAGGCAAGGUGAUCGCGAUUACUGGUGCAGCAUCUGGUAUUGGCCUCGCAGUUGCUAAGCUUCUGGCAAGUCGCCGUGCCCAACUCUCGCUCGCCGACAUGAACAAAGCCGGCCUUGAGACUGCUCUUGAGUCUCUUUCUGGUGAUGGGCACAUAAUCACCCAAGUCGAUGUGCGUGACAGUCAAGAAGUGAGUGCAUGGAUCGAGAAGACCGUUUCUGUCUUUGGCAAGCUUGACGGUGCUGUCAAUAUGGCUGGUGUCUUUACCCACGGUACAUGUCUUCGUGAUGAAACAGAUAAUACGUGGGACCUCAUCAUGGGAGUAAAUGCUCGUGGUGUUUUCAAUUGUUUGAGAGCAGAGCUAAAGCAUAUGAAGGCUGGAGGAAGUAUUGUAUCGGUGGCAAGUGUUGAUGAUCGAGCUGGCUUUGCUAAUGCUUCUGUAUAUUGUGCGAGCAAGCAUGCUGUCAUUGGCAUGUCUCGAUCUUGCUGCAAAGGAGAACGAGAAUAUUCGCAUCAACUGCGUGGCACCAUUGUCCGAACUCCUAUGAUGGAAGGCGAGGUAAUGGCCGAAGCAGUAGAAGCAGAAAUUGCGCAGCAGGUUCAAAAGCGUCCUACGAAACCCCAUAAAAUUACAAAUAUUAUUGCUUUUCUCCUCAGUGAUAAAGCCAGUUUUGUCACUGGAGCUGUUUACAACGUCGAUGGAGGUUGGAUUUGUUAG